AUGGACAUUGACACACAAAUAGACUUGACGGGCAAUGUUGUAAACACCUACUCGUCGUAUACACACGAAGUACUGCAACAGGCUACUAAGCUGAUUUCGAAAAUUCAAGUCUCGCCGAACGAAACAGGUGUAACAGAUGAAAAUUUGAAGGACGCAAUCAAUCAUCUGGAAUCUGAGAAACUUCCUUUGUACAAGUAAGCAAAAUUUUUAUUAAUGUAUUCUGUACUCAGGCUAGCUUUUACAUUUCAUUUGUCAUUAUAGCCUUUCUCACGAAUGUCAAAUUCACAAUUUUUGGAGCGCACUUUUUUUUUAAAACGACGUGAAAAAUAUAAGCGAUGUGAAAACAUUUUUUUAAAUCUUUAACUGUAAAUUAACUUAUAAUGAUUAAACUAUAUUCAUAAUUAGUUAUAGAAUCCUUUAUUUACUGCGCACCUAAAAUAAGAACAAAUCGUUUACACAACCAAUUUUUAUGUGACAAUUUUUCAUAUUUUUAUAUGACCAAUUUUUUUUGGUCGUGUAGAUGAGACAACAAAUAAUUGUUGAUUGUUGUUUAAAAAAUAUCUAUGAACAACGGUAUCUCGCGCAAUAAAACUACAAUUAUAUUUUUACAAAUAUGGGGGGAGAAAAAAAAUGACAUUUUAUGUGACAAGUAAUCUACACGAACAAUUUUUCGUAUGUGACAACUUUUAUUUGUCACAUAAAAGCUAACACGCUAGUUUUUCAGCAACUGUAUUUGCCACACAAAAAUUGCCCAAUUUUCCUCGUCUACACGAGCAAAUAAAAAUUGUCACAUAAAAAUUGUCACAUAAAAAUUGGUCGUGUAAACAGGGCUUAGAUUAAUAAACACCUCAAAGACAAAGAAUAAAUUUUUUCAACACCCUUUUUGAAAGGAUGUCAGUAUAAAAAAUAGCUAAAAUAAAAUAAUUUCUUCUCGAUUAUCCGAUACUGCAUGUGAAUAACCUCCCAAAAACUUUUUUGUAGGAUUGUUGGUGACAAUGUCGACCUAGAAGUUCAUGCUAGAAUUCAAACCAAAGAUCAUGGGAAUAAAUCUCUUCACUGGACACAUCAAUUCGCAGAACGAGCUCGCAUUUUCUCAUCGAUUCCUACAAAGCAAACCAUCAAAAAAGGUUAAAAGAUGUCCAGCUGGUUGAAUUACUGCCAUCUGCCGACAUGUUGAACCCACUAAAGUUAACUUGGGGGAUCCUCAUCAGCAGAGUGCUAUGCAAGUAUGUCAAAGCGUUGAGAUGUUUUAAAGAUGUAGUGAUCCAUCAUAUUCCCCGCAAAUAUUUUGAGAAAAUGGCAAAGAAAUCUACGUCAGUAAAUAUUUUUACUAUAUUUUGAAACGUAAAUGUCGGUAUAAAAUAUUAGUUAUAAAAUACAUAUACAAUUAUACUCUCCCAUUUUCCUAGUGAAGUGCCUCACCCCUCUAGCCCUCCUACAGAAUAGUAAAUAGUAAGCUUCUUUGGUCUGCAUGCAAAAUAGCCAAAUCCUUCAGAUAGAUUUUUACUCAUAUGUUCAUUGUUUGAUGGCAUUUUAGUGCUGCUUGGAUUUGUACUUCUUAAACCCAAACAUUGCUGGAGUGAUUGCACAGAUUCUAAAAAGUAACCAAGACAAAUAUGUCCCGACUUCCACAGUCGAUGGUAAAGAUAGUGUGUUAUUGCGUGUUGCACAGCAUGGUGACCAGUUAUUUGAAGAGAGGGGACGGAAUGUUCAGUGGGCUUUUGGUGAUGGUGCAAACCAGUAUGACAGACUAGAAGGCUUAAGGACCGAAUUUGCUGAUUGGCAUGCAAAAUUUACAUUUUACAAGGUGAAUAUACUUUGUAUAAUUCAAUAUACUCAUAUUUUUGUAGAUACAAAAAUAGAGCACCCCUAGCCUGCAUCUGUUAACAAACUGGUUAGACGGUGUUUAUAUGAGCCCCACAUAAAGGGCUGUGCCCUAGCAGUAAGGCUGAUUUUCACCACUGCCUAAGGGCUGAUUUCCUAUUACAAGUUGCACUUAAUGGUUUUGUGCAACUGAUUAUUUUUAUUAUGGCGACCAACAGACAUUUGAAUAUUAAUUUAGAACUACAUUAAAGCUUUAAAAAAAUUAAUUUGAAGUCAAUUUAAUGGCAUUUUUACUCAGCCCUACUGGAAAGUUUCCAUCCAUAAUAUGCAAGAUCUCACCCAGUAGGGCUUCUUGGUGGGCCUGCACAUGGGUUAAGUAGGACUGGCCAGCUGGCCCUCCUGUCAUAUAAACACAAACAGUGUAUUAGCAAGUGUGAUCUCACAUAGGAAUGCCAGCCCUUUAUGUAGGAAUCAUAUACAUGUAAACAGUACCUUAGAAACCAACUUGCCCCAUCCUGAACAUUCUAGACUAUGUUUUGCAGCUUGUCAGCUUGUUCAGGAGUGGGCUGCCUGUAAACUAAAGUCAUUUAUAAGAUACUGUCCAUUUGUUUACAGUCUGAUAUAUUCGUUAACACACAAUCAGCUGCUGAGAGGUAGGAACAAGUGCCGCAAGCAUAAACAGAACUGGAAAGACAAAUGAUUACAAGGAUUUCCAUGAAAGGGAAAUGGAGGCACACAUAUGUGCAGCAUUUAUGGAGAUGUUAUCAAUGAGUACACUUGAAGGUAUGAUAAUCAAUUUAUAUACUUGUAUGUUCAAAUUUUAAGCAGAUGUAUCCUAAUCCUGUUUUACAAAAUAUGUUCACUUUUAAAAGUUGGAAUAUUGAUAUUUGUAAGACAUUAAUGGUUUAUAAUUUCAUUUUGAUUGUUGAUUCAACACAUUAAAGCUGAUAAUUCGCCUGUAACAAGUGAAAUUGUCUUGCAUAUAGACAAAUAAGGCAUAUAAUAUAAGUGCAUUUGGACACAUUGCAUAUCACAUAAUUAUCUCACAUGUGAAAUCUAUAUCUAUUGUAUCUUAAAUAUUUAGAUUCUAAACCCAGUAUGCCAAAUAAAGAUGUACCAAAAACUAUCAGACAGAAAUGGUUGUUGGAUAUUUGCAAAGGCAUUGUGGACAAGUAUGUCUUUGGAGUACCAGAUGUGAAUACACUUGUUGAAGAAACUCAAAAUUUACAAAAUGCCAUGACAGCUGAAUUUGUGUGCAGAGCACCAACAUGUAAUGCAAAGUACAUACAUCACUCAGGCAGAGUAAGGUACAGUAUAGUACAUAUCUCCAAUCAGGGACGUCAGAAUGGCUGCAAAAGUGGGGGAGGGGGCACACUUUGCACCUGUCAAAGGCACAUGACAGCAGGUGGCAUUCUAGGGGGGUCUGGGGCAUGCCUCUUGGAAAAAUUUUAAAAUUAUAGUCUCUGAAGUGCCAUUUCCUGCACUUUAUAAGGAGAUUUACAGAGUUCUGAAGGUAUCAAAAUGUCAUAAAAUACUCAAAUUGUUUUGUCUACAUGCAUAACUGAAAUAAUAUCAUUUAACUUUGUGGUUUAUUACUGAUCAUUGUUAAAAAGUUAGGGGGGGGGGGCAUAAAGACAUUUAGGCCCCUCAACUAAAAAAGUGGAGAUGCCCCCCCCCCCAACUUCUGAUGCCCCUGGCUCCAAUACAAUGAAGGAAAUGUAUAAAAAUUAGUAUGGGUUCACUCUGUCUAAUGUCAUGGAUACUUAGAAGUACUCUAUUCAUGUUUUCAGGCAGAGAUAA